CCCCCGCCUCACCUUCCUCAGCGCUGCCGCCGCUCGCUCCUAUGGGGCUCCGCCGCUCUCCGGGCGAGGCGACCCGCAGGGCGCGGGGGCAGGUGGCAUGAGCCCCCCCCCCGCCCCACACUUCGCGGGAUGCUAAGGAGGAUGAAGAUGAUGAAGAAGAAGGAGGAAUUAUCCCUGGCUCUGCUCGCCCUCUCAGGAAAAUGUGGAGCGUGUGGGCCGGGCUAUCCCAGUCCUCUGGAGGCCACGAAAGGGCCCCGGGAGCAGCUCCUGUACCUGCCCUGCAUCUACCGGAACACCGGGAUCGACAUUCCCGACUUCCUGGCCACCGUGGACGUGGAUCCCAACUCCCCACACUACUGCCAGGUGAUCCAUCGGCUCCCGAUGCCGAAUGUGGGGGAUGAGCUGCACCACUCGGGCUGGAACGCCUGCAGCAGCUGCUACGGCGAUCCCACGAAAGCCAGGAACCUCCUGGUGCUUCCCAGCCUCAUCUCCUCCCGGAUCUACAUCGUGGACGUGGGCUCGGAUCCCAGGGCUCCCAAACUCCACAAGGUGGUGGAAGCUGAGGAAUUGUCCCGCAAAGGGAACGCGGCUUUUCCGCACACCUCGCACUGCCUGGGCUCCGGGGAAAUCCUCAUCAGCUGCCUGGGGGACCCUGCUGGCAACGGGAAAGGCACUUUCAUCCUCCUGGAUGGAGAAACCUUCGAAGUGAAAGGAAAUUGGGAAACAGGAGGGAAAACCCCAGCCCUGGGCUACGACUUCUGGUACCAGCCCCGGCACCAGGUCCUGCUCAGCACCGAGUGGGGCGUUCCCAGGAUCCUGGCACAGGGAUUCCACCCCAGGGAUGUGGAGCAAGGGCACUACGGGCGCCACAUCAACGUGUGGGACUGGAGCAGCCGCUCCCUGCUGCAGGAGAUCGAUCUGGGAAAAGGCUCCAUCCCGCUGGAAAUCCGCUUCCUGCACGACCCCAGCGCUUCCCAGGGAUUCGUGGGAUGUGCCCUGAGCGGGGAGAUCCAGCGCUUCUACAAAACCCCGGAAGGGAACUGGGCAGCGGAGAAGGUGAUUCAGGUGCCCAGCAAGAAAGUCCAAGGAUGGCUCCUCCCAGACAUGCCAGGUCUGAUCACGGACAUCCUGAUCUCCCUGGACGACAGAUUCCUGUACUUCAGCAACUGGAUCCACGGGGAUGUCCGGCAGUACGACAUCUCCGAUCCCAAAAAUCCCAGGCUGGUGGGGCAGGUUUUUCUGGGAGGCAGCAUCUCCAAAGGGGGAGCGGUGACCGUGCUGGAAGAUCGGGAAUUGCAGGAUCAGCCAGAGCCUUGCGUGAUCCAGGGAAAGAAGAUUCCCGGGGGUCCGCAGAUGCUGCAGCUGAGCCUGGACGGGAGGAGGCUCUACGUGAGCACGUCCCUGUUCAGCGCCUGGGACCGGCAGUUCUACCCCGAGCUCAUCAGGGAGGGCUCCGUGCUGCUGCAGCUGGACGUGGACACGGAGAAGGGGGGACUGGCAGUGAAUCCCAAAUUCCUGGUGGAUUUUGGGAAGGAGCCGGGGGGCCCCGUCCUGGCGCACGAGAUGCGCUACCCGGGGGGGGACUGCACCUCCGACAUCUGGCUCUGAUCCCAGGAAAUUCGGGAAUUCGGGAAUGCGGGAUUCGGGAAUGCGGGAAUUCGGGAAUGCAGGGAUUGCACCUCCGACAUCUGGGUCUGACUGGGAAUUCGGGAAUGCGGGGACUGCACCUCCGACAUCGGCGUGAGACCCCCGGGAUUUGGGAAUGGGGGAAUUUGGGGUUUGGGAAUUCGGGAAUUCCAGGAGUUGGGAAUAUGCGUGACCCGCGGGAUGAAAUAAAUCCAAAGGGAUCCUUC